GAGGACAUGAUGCUGUUGUCAGACCAAAAAUGCAGCACCAGGAUUUUCCACCGGAACUGGGAAGUCAAAGAGCUGUCGGUGCAAGAUAGUCAUCCUGGUAGAGAAGGAGCUAGACUUUACAACUAACAUGCUGGAGAACAUUGAGGACCCCAGUCUGUCCAAGGUGCUCUCAAGGCCACCAGAAAUCCUGACGCAGAUCAGGGGGGACCUGAGGGACUGCACCAGACAGACUCAUUCUCAUCGACACUCCAGGAAGCUGAACAAUUGGCUCCAAAAUUUCCAUGAGAGCAAAGAGACAGAAACACCUGGCUGCCUGGAAGCAUCUGUGAUCCUCAAUCUCUUCCGGCUGCUGAAUGAAGACUUGAGAUGCACAGCCUACAUGGAGCUCUGUGUGUAGCCAUCUGGUCUCUGCAGUGCCCUUGUCCACAUCUACUCUAAGACUGGAGAGUCCUUAGCCUGAGAGCACUGCAACAUAUUGGGAGAAGACGUGUGUGAACCAGAAACAUUCAUCUUCUCCCUCUAGCUUCUGAUCAUAGAUCCCCAAGCAAACUGAUUCCAUCCUUUUAUGCCAAAGAAUUACACAACAGUUGACCUCCAGGUUACUCCAAUUUCCAGCUGGUGCAGAACUCUAGACUCCUUAGACUUCACUAGGAUUUGGUCCACUGGGGAUAUU